AUGCCUCAACUCCAAGAUCUUCCCCGAGAGCUCCUGGACAUGGUGAUAGCGGAGGCGCAGCUGAACCAGCGCCAUCGCUAUAGAGAUCUCAAGAGCCUGGUACUGGUCUCACGAGAACGAUUGGUCACAGAGCCAAAUGUUGAUUAUGGCUCCACAAACUUAAGAAAGGCCACUGCACAUGCAACUGGAGUGGUACUACGGCAAUUUGCAAGCGAUUCAUCAAGCAAACAGCGCCCUCUACAAUACCGGCCUUUAGAGAUCUGUAUUGGGUCUUCUGUAUUGAAAAAGGCGAACCGCUCGCUAUCGUGGAUCUCAUUCUCGCCUGCACAUCACAUCUGA